UAGAUACAGUCUGUUUUGCACUUCAUCUAAUAUCGAAAUAUAAGAACAAAACACUGUGAAAGUAUCUUGAAUAUUUGUUAAAAUCAGGGUGCUUAUCUCUUUGCAAUGGUAUUAUUCUACAUUAAAUGCAUGUCGAUUCCAUCGUGACUUCCAACAACCGUUCGAAACUCGAAAAGUGUCGUUUUGCAUUGUAUUUGUGGUAAUUGAAUGCCUGGUACCAUCACCUUGCACUCACCAUUGUUGAUCGGCGAAAGUACGAAAGCUGUAGAGCUUUGAACUUGAAAUCCUAUUUACGAUAUGAGUAACUAAAGUUUAAAUGAUUUGUUAUGAAUAACAUUGUGUUACGUGUCAAUUCAUCGUGGAUAAUAAAUUCAUCACACUAGCGGUACGUUGUGGUUGGCAAAUCUCAAGUGCAAACAUCGUAUUACACCCACCCGCGGUUUGGUAGCAAUCAAUCUGGAUUGUGCAUACAAUGCAUGGUAUCAAUAAAUCAUUUGCCAAGCUCGCUAGUUGAUAAACCAGUUUACCAGUCCGGAUCAACGCACCCUUAGCUGCGUAGUGCACUUUAGUCUGCAACGGUAUGGAAAAAUUUCCUUUGAAGGGAACAAAUCAUUCCACAUCAUCAACGGUCGUCGGUACCCAUCCACUGAGCGCCGAUCAUCCCUCAUAUCAGGCAUUUGGACGGAAGACUAAAUCGCCAACUAAUGAGAAGAAUUUUCUAAACACAACAUCCCUGACGGUAACAUCGGACGACGAAAUGAUUGACAUUACGCCAAAUAAUGUAAGCAACCCAAAUUAUCAGUACCAUUCGGCGUCGAACGGUGCCCAACGUGAGGACGGCGUCGGUGGGAAUAGUGCAAACACCACAGGCAGUAGUGCGACAGGAGGUUUACACGCCACUGGUGAUAACGGUAUACGGACAUCACCCUCGCACGCCAGAUUUGGGCGAGAUUUUCACACGGAUCAUGAAGAUUCUGUUGCGGUAUCGUUUUCGGGUAUCGUAGAAGGAAUUUCGUUUCCCGGAAUGACAGACACCAGCGAUGAUAUUCCUGGCAUUGGUCAGUACGAGGAUUUCCACACAAUUGAUUGGCAGCGAGAUAUCGCCCGCGAUCGUAUGCGACACAGGUACAUUGUUAAAAAGCGACAGGACUCUUUCUGGGAUCUAGUGAAGGGUGCUCAUGAUGCCUCAUCCGGAUGGGUUUGUGUAUUGUUGGUCGGGCUGUUUACAGGAUGUGUGGCCGGCGUGAUAGAUAUCGGUGCCAGUUGGAUGACAGAUUUGAAGUUCGGAAUUUGCCCACAGGCGUUCUGGUUGAACCGGGAACAGUGCUGCUGGUCAUCUAAUGAGACAAGUUUUGUCAGUGGUAACUGUUCGCAGUGGCAUACGUGGGCGGAAAUCAUCACCUCCUCACGCGAGGGCGUCGGUGCCUACAUCAUAUCAUACUUUUUAUACAUCGCCUGGGCAUUGCUAUUUGCGCUGCUGGCAGCAUCCUUGGUGCGGAUGUUCGCACCGUACGCCUGUGGGUCUGGUAUACCGGAAAUUAAAACUAUACUGUCCGGAUUCAUUAUACGCAGCUAUUUGGGCAAAUGGACAUUGAUUAUCAAGUCGGUUGGUCUGAUAUUGGCCGUGUCGACAGGGCUCAGUCUGGGAAAGGAAGGCCCAAUGGUACACAUAGCAAGUUGUAUAGGAAAUAUACUGUCGUAUUUGUUCCCAAAGUACGGUCGCAAUGAAGCUAAGAAACGUGAGAUACUGUCGGCAGCGGCCGCGGCAGGAGUAUCGGUAGCUUUCGGCGCACCAAUCGGAGGUGUUUUGUUCAGUUUGGAGGAGGUUUCUUAUUAUUUCCCGCUGAAAACAUUAUGGAGAUCUUUCUUUUGUGCACUGAUCGCAGCCUUUAUUUUGCGUUCCAUCAAUCCAUUUGGAAACGAGCACUCAGUGCUGUUUUACGUUGAGUACAACAAACCAUGGAUCUUUUUCGAGUUGGUGCCUUUCAUUGGUCUGGGAAUUAUUGGAGGCGUGAUAGCAACAUUAUUCAUCAAAGCGAAUCUCUGGUGGUGUCGCUUCCGCAAGCAUAGCAAACUAGGACAAUACCCAGUAACCGAGGUUCUGGUAGUCACGUUCAUCACCGCCGUUAUUGCAUACCCCAAUCAUUACACUCGCAUGAAUACGAGCGAGUUGAUCUAUUUACUUUUCAGUCAGUGUGGAAUUUCCAACAGCGAUUAUUUGUGCGAUUACAAUCGUAACUUCACUGACGUCAAGUCGGCUAUUGAAAUUGCUGCCGCCGGCCCGGGAGUGUAUAAAGCAAUUUGGCUGCUAACGUUGGCGCUAGCGAUGAAGCUGGUAAUGACGAUAUUCACCUUCGGCAUGAAGGUUCCAUGUGGACUUUUCAUUCCGUCAUUGGCGCUGGGUGCUAUCAUGGGUCGUAUCGUUGGAAUUGGAAUGGAGCAAUUAGCAUAUCAUUAUCCAAAGAUUUGGAUUUUCUCUGGAGAGUGCUCAACAGGUGAUGAUUGUAUCACACCAGGAUUGUACGCUAUGGUCGGCGCUGCUGCUGUGUUGGGUGGUGUGACGAGAAUGACAGUGUCACUAGUUGUAAUCAUGUUCGAGUUGACUGGAGGCGUGCGGUAUAUAGUACCUCUCAUGGCGGCCGCUAUGGCGUCGAAAUGGGUGGGUGAUGCGUUGGGAAGACAGGGCAUUUAUGACGCUCACAUAGCACUCAAUGGCUAUCCGUUCUUGGACAGUAAAGACGAAUUCCAACACACGACAUUGGCUGCCGAUGUAAUGCAACCGAAACGCAAUGAUACUUUAUCCGUGAUUACCCAGGACUCGAUGACAGUGGAUGAUAUCGAGACCCUGUUGAAAGAGACUGAACACAACGGCUAUCCGGUGGUUGUGUCGAAAGAGAAUCAAUACCUUGUCGGGUUUGUGUUAAGGAGGAAUCUCAAUCUCGCUAUAGCGAACGCACGGCGCUCGAUCGACGGCAUAACAGGACAAUCGCUGGCAAUAUUCACGUCGGCCGAGCCGGUGCAAAGUCUGGGUCCAUCGCCUUUGAAACUGAAAAAAAUUCUCGACAUGGCCCCCAUCACAGUGACGGAUCAAACGCCGAUGGAAACAGUCGUUGACAUGUUUAGGAAGCUUGGUCUACGGCAAACACUUGUGACACACAAUGGUCGCUUACUGGGCGUCAUCACCAAAAAGGAUGUGUUGCGGCACGUUAAACAGAUGGACAAUGAAGAUCCAAAUACUGUCCUCUUCAAUUAGAGAAGUUAACUUCCGUUUAUUCUCUGACCCUAUACUACUUAAACAGGAGUAACUUUUGGUUCCACACAGUUGGAUUAUGUUUAUUAUCCAUUCUUCCUUCAGCCUUAGCGCUACCCCUACAAUAAUUCGAAUGAAAAGUGUGACGAUCUAUCGUUUAACUAUACAGGCAAUACAUAUCUUGUUCCAUUACAGAUGUUGAUAUUUUAUGUUUACAACCAAAUAGAUCUCUGUGGUGUAAGAGAGCUAUGAAUGUGUAUGUGUAUGUGUAUGUGCAGGGUAGUCCUUGGAGAUUUGACUACGAAUUUAUCACCCAUAGUAACAGAGAUUAGUACUUUGAAGGACGCAAAAAAUGUGUUUGAGUGGCCCUCUGUACACGUAGCUAUUCGAAUGAUAUUACAUCAUCCCUAUGUGUUAUCAUAGAAAAUGGUUUUAGCGAUAACAUAUUUUGUGGCUCAUCGGAAACCGGUAAGUGAUCAGAGCCGUUUCGUUUUGUUUCGAGUGACAUACGAUCAUAGCUCACUUACAUCCAACGAUCACAAGCAGCAUAUUAAAUAUAUAUUUCGUUAUUGUAUUCAUAGCAUACUCUAGCGGCGAAUUUUCAACGAGAUUUAGCCAGUUUAUAUAAGCUGCAUAUUAUUACCUAUUGAACAAAACAGGCUGUAGAAAAAUAACACUAGAAAAUUUUUAUACACGAUUAGCUUAUAUAUUUCUGUUGUUAAUGUGUUGAAAAAACCCCCCCCUCCGAUUUGGCUACGAAUUUUUAUCGACGUACAAUAUGUAAAAAAAUAAGAUUUUUCUAAAUGGUCGAUAAUGUGAUUGUUUGUACCCUUGAUCUAUUGAAAUCAGCCAAGUCAAUAUAGGAUACAGAAAUAAUAAAGUUGUAUAUUUAUGUAAUAAAAAUA